AUGUCAAACGUCAGCUGGCUGUCUAUGACAAAUUCGAUUUUCUUCAUGGAUGUGUGUAAAUAAAUCGAAAGAUUAUGGAUAAGCCUAAUUUAAGCCAAUAUUUCGGAGGAUCAGAGGUCCCGCCCGCGUCGCAGUUCUUCGAUGAAAUAGGAACAUCCCCGUCCGACAUGAUACAAAGCGUUUAUUUAGGCGACUCUGAAGAGACGCAGCCUAUAACAACGGGAGUGUUUCCAACGAAUAUGACAACUUCUUUUACGGAACACAGAGGUCCGCAAGAAAUCAGUUUUACCAAUGUUUUACCAACCGUAAGCGGCUCCACAGCGAUUCCUGCGACUAGCUUACCCGAUCCAUCUACGUUUUUCGACACUAUAGGUCCUGAACCUCAAAUAGGGGCCAUUAAAAGUAAUAUUGUGACAUCAUCUGUUCUUACUGAGGCUAUGGAUGGCUUGAGCAUUAAGAACCAACCAGUUGACAAAGAAGCUGAUAGAAGAAGGGAUGCGUGGAUACCAAAUGAGGAAGCCAAGAAAACACUCUUAAAGGCACAAUCAUCACCAAAAGGCUCAUUCUUCCCUGAGAGAGAAGUGUUGACAAUGCCAGGUCUAGUUUUGGAAGAGGAAUUGGCAGAUGCUCUUCAAGAAGUGGCAGUCAAAUACCUGGGAGUGAGUUCAGCGGGCAGUCGGGGCGUGGUUAGGGCGGAGCACGUGAGCCGAGACGAGGCGGGGCUACGCGAACUAUUGCGUACGGGAUACUUACGCGCUGCGAUCAAUUUGACUGCUACUCUCAUCAGUGCUGCUGGACAGGGUGCGGGUCGCAUGCACAGACCGACUAAACACACGCCGCGAUCACUGCAGCUGUGGCUGACGCGGUUCGCGGUGAUGUGUCGCAUCAAGCUGUACGAGCCGCUGGCUAAGGAGGCCGAGCCUUUCGGCGACUUCAGCAAACCGGACAUGUUUUAUCAGUUCUACCCAGACGCGUACGAGAAUCGAACCGGUUCCCUUGUACCGUUUUCCCUGCGCCUGUUGAUCGCUGAGCUACCGGCGCAUGUUGGCAAGCCCGAGGAAGCUAUGGACAGACUGUACGCUAUGCUGGAUGUUAUGCAACAGAUGAUAUCUAACCUUAACGAGGGUAGAACGGAAGAUGGCAGUGGGACUAUUACUUUGGAAGACAAGACGGAAUCGCUUCGACUGUGGACCGGCAGGCAGACCAGGGUGUUGCAUUCUGUGGUCAAUUGUGCUAUUGCUUUGAAGGACUAUCGAUUAGCAACUAAGAUCCUGACGACUUUACGCGAUCAAAGCGCGACGCCUCAGCAACAGAGAGCGUUGUCAAGCGCACUUUGUCGAGUGUCGCUACUGGCGGGACACGUCAAGGCGGCUUUGUUGCACUCCUUCACCGCCAAGGAGGCCAGGCAUCACAUAUGUCCGACGCCAGACGUUCGCGAGUACGUGGACCUGGGCCUCAUAGACAUCGCGCACGGGAAAUAUCAAGACGCGUACAACAAUUUUGCGAGGGCUGCUGACCAGGAGCCCACCAAUAUAAUGGUUGCAAACAACUUGGCGGUGUGUCUGCUGUACAUGGGUCGCCUCAAAGAAGCUAUAUCUGUACUGCAAAAGGCCAUACAUUCCGACCCCGAGCGAGGCCUCAACGAGAGCCUACUCAUCAACCUGUGCACGCUGUACGAACUUGAGUCCUCCAAAACUAACGAGAAGAAACUUAAUUUGUUGAGAAUGUUGUGUAAGCAUAAGAGCGAUACUAUACCUAAUGUGUUAGAAUGUUUAAAGUUAACUUGA